AUGGCGACGCCUCUCGUGCCGGCGCCGCCGUACAUGUUGGGCCAGCGCCCGACCCGCGCGCCCAUCGACUGCUCGUGCGUCCCGUCGUUCCGCCACGUGCCGUUCGUGCGCAUCAGCGCGCGCGUCGACAGCGGCGUCAAAGUCCGCAAGCAGCUGCGCAAGUACCUCAAGGCCGCGUCGGCCACGCAGCAGAUGGUCGCGCAGACGCACUUGAGCGACGCCUGUCUGCCGGCGCUGCAGCCGCAAGAGGUCGCGCAGUCGUGUUUCCAGGACUUUUUCGCGCAGAUGCGCACGUACAGCCACGUGUUGGGCACGAAGCACUUGGCGGCCAGUAAGGCGUACAUGGACAUGACGAAGCCGCUCGAGGACUCGGGCAAGUCGCGGCGCUGGGCGAAGGACGUGUACAACUUUGUCCAGCGCUGCGUCGCGGACGUGCAGGGGGCCGAGAAGAAGAUGGACAAGGCGAGAGGCCGCGUCACGCGCGCGGCAGACGAGCUUGCGCACUGGCGAGCAGUGCUCGCUGCCAAUGAAGCCACGUACCAAGUGCAGCCGACGAAUCCGGAAGUGAAGAAGGCGUUCCAAGUCGCGCAGUGCCGCUUUUCGAGCGCCGUUGCGGAAGACGAAGCGGCUGGGGUAGAGUACGACGACGCACGUAGUGCGUUGAUACGGGCCAUUGCAAGGCGCGAUGAAGUGGUGGAGGAAGCGACGGACUUGUCGCAGAGCGUGGAGGAAGACCGACUGGAUACGCUGUUGAUUGUCAUUGGACAGUUUGUCGAGACGAAAGUCGCGAUUCUGCAGGCAGAGAUUGAAGUCAUGACGGAUCUGCAAAACACGCUCAAGGCAAUGGACCGCAACUCUGUCGUACAGCAGUACAUUGUCGACAGCAUGGCACCAGAGUUGACGCACCGCCAUGCAAAGGCUUUGAGUGUGAUGGAAUGGCAUCGUGUGUCGUGGCGCAACGAACACCAGUUGCGGCAGUCAGCUGAGCCAGGUAGCUGCUUGACAGGUUCGCGCUCGUCUAAAGAACUCGCAAAGCUCAAGACUUUGGGCGUGUCUGAGAAGGACGUCGAGAUUAUCAAGGACUUUGUCUCCAGUUGCUUUAUCGAGCCAGAGGCAGCUCUCGUUUCUCAUGCUGCACAAGCUUCUUCCGGUACUAGUUCAUCACUGAAACACCGCAGCAAGUUCACAGAUGCGUCAGCUUCAGGCACGCAGUCAGUGUAUCGCCUUGGGGUCGUGCGACGCAUUAUUUUAGACUGCCUUCGACACCAGCGAGUGCACGACCGCGAGCUCUCACGCGACGGAUUUUCUCGACUCGCCGCAGCGUUGCGUUUUCUGUUGGAUGCUUGUGUUGCACAGCAUGACACGCGUACGACCAUGCACCUCAUGAAUAUGCUGCAGACCUUUUACCGCAAGACGAGCAAGGAUGGCCAGGAGUAUCUGCAUGCAGCGCUGAAAGACCACGGGGCGUGGCGCGUGGGUAUGUUUUGGGGCGAUGCGUUGUUGGAAAGUGUGGCGGAGGAGCUCAACAAGGCGCCGAUGGACACGCCAUGGUAUUAUUUGGCCGAUGCUGAACGCGCACAAAAGGUAUUGGACGUGCACAACGUCAUCUAUGGGCAGGCUUCGGCUUACCUAUAUCAUCUUUCCAGCUUUGGCUUCUCUCGACGACAGCUUCUUCAGUACGCGCACAGCGUGUGCUUUGCAUACGAACUGGGCGAAGAGCAGCGCAUCAGUAUAUACUCAUCAGUUCGGAGCAUGGUUCUGGACCGGUCACAAGAGGAUGAGUACGAGGAGAAGCGACAAGAGCCGAUGGAAUAUGACGACGACGACUGGCAACAUACUUUUGAACGUGAUGGUCGGCAGCCUGACCGUAGCAGUAGUAGUCGGGUCCCCGCUAAACGAACUGCCGAUGUGCAGUUCCCCCCGACAUCAUUCACUCUGCCGGACUGGCCGUCGUUCUCAAGUGAUGGUGGAAGUAGUGAUGCUGAUUUCGACGGCAAUGUGUCAAAGUUUGGUCGCAAACGUAGAGAAUCGAGCGCGUCGACUGCCACGACGAUAAUGGAGGGAUCAAUGACGGCAUCGUACGCUGGCAGUGUGCGUGAUUUUGAGGAAAUGAAAACGAUCGCGUCUACAGUCGUUGGCGAGAACGGUGACGAAUCAUGGGAGAAUUUGUUCGGGACAUCCGGUACUUCGACAGAAGACGAAUCGGGCCAUCGUUUGGGCAUUGGCGAAGACACGUCGGAGUCCAGCGAGAGGCAAAAGGAUAAGGUAACGAAGCGUCGCAAGAACUUGAACUCGCGCAAGUUUAACGACCAAUUACGGCUGGCGCGCACCAUACCUCUAAGUCUUCGCAUCCAUGAGGAGGAGGAAGAGGGCGUGGCGGCAUCCACUGCAGCAACGGCAGUACAUGUACCCGCAAGGAUGGAGUCUAGACAGCCACCACUACCGCCUGGCCGUCCGCCGACCUCUGCGGGUCCUUUGCUACGACACCGUUCAAGCGACAACGUCUUCAUGACUGCUCGAAUAGAGGCUGGCGAUCUGCCACCUACACAUGGGACGCACUCGCACGUUUCGAGGCACGAAUCCGGCCUAGCUACGGACGAGAGCGGAGGUGCAAAGUCGGAACGAAGGCGACAUCGGAAAUUGCACAAGGCGCGGUCUGUUGCGAGCAUUGACACGUCCGUGUUGAGAGCUGAGACCGAGCAGGCGAUCAAUGCAAGUCGCAAUACCGUCGAUCCUACACACCAGAUCAAGAUGAUGGCGGCGCGGAUGAAAUCGAGGCGGAAAGAGAACUCGGACGGCAAGAUUGAUUUCGUGGCGUUUCCCCGCACCGGAAGUGACGCUACUGGGGCAACGUCGUUGUCUCCGGCAGCAGUAUCGUACGACUUUCCAUCCGCGCCAAAGAAGGUACCAAAAACGCUCUCAGGUGUCGCAGCUCUGCGCGCCCGCUUUGAGCACAAAUGA